AUGGAGGUACCUACACCCACCCUACUCUCCGGCGCAAGCACCCGUGGACUACGGAGCCAUACUCACGCGCCCCCGCAGCACACACCGCAGCUCGUAUGUCCCGCCCCAGAGAUGGCGCAGCACCCACGCCGUCCGCACACGCCGCCCACGGCUUCCCCAGACGCAGCGGUCAAGCCGCCCGCGUACACGCCGUAUCUGGACUCCCCGCCGCCGUCGCACCACGGCUCGCCCAUGGAAUCGCCGCGGUCACAGCAGCAGCAGCGAGGCCUCGUGUUCCAGUUCUGCGAUCCGGACUGCCAGGUCCUUGGACCGCGCCGGCCGUCGUUCUCCUCCACGUGCUCCGAAGACGGCGACGACGACGACGACCAAGACUACGGCGAUAGAGAUGCAGACGCAGACGCCCCAGCGCAUCUCCCCCCCGGCACCCGCGAGCCGCCGCCCGCAUACUCCGCCCUCCCGCCCCCGCACGCGCGCUGUCCAGACGCACGGUACCCGGCGGCCUGGGAUAUCGAUGCCGAAGCAGCGCUGGAGCGCAUCUUGGCCGACGACGUGCAGUUCGUGGUUGAGCGGACGGUGGCGAUGGGGGUCGUGGUUGCGGUUUUGGUGCUCGGGGGGUUGGUUGUGGGGGUUGGUGUUUUUCGGAGUUGA